AUGUCUGAAUUAGAACAGGAUAACCAGGACAAUACAAAACUUCCCAUUAUAGAUUUUACAGCAAUAUCCACAACUUGGGUUCAUAAAUUAACUAAAGACAAAUUAAUUAUCGAAUUAUCUCGCCUAAAUCUAAUAACAACAGGGUUGGUAGCCGAUUUAAAAGCAAGGCUACUUAGAUAUUUGAGAGGAGAAAAUAAUCCAGAAGUGUUUAUUAGUGAAAAAACUAAAAAUAAUUGUGUUAUCGCACCAGAAUCGUUAAACAAAAUAGAUAAAGUCAAAAUAAAUCCAAUAAUGAGUGAUAAUAAAAGACCUUAUUUCAAACAGGGUAAUUUUUCGGGGGCCAUAUCAGAAAACAUAGAUACAUUUUUAAAAAAAUACAAUAGGGCGGCAUUUAUAAAUGGUUGGUCUGAGACAGAUAAAACUCAAUUUAUUUCUGUCUUCUUUCUUUCUACUUUUUACGAUAAUUUGCAAUACUCUUCAGACAAAUUAGAAUGGGAAGAUAUAGAAAAUAAAUUACGUUUAGAAUUUGAACCUAUAGAUAUGCAAACUGAUAUGCUUCGUAUGAUUCUGGAAAAAAGAAAACAAUUGCCGGACGAACAAACGGUCGCGUAUAUUAAUGACGCCGAAUCCCUAUGUAGAAGGAUUGAUAAUCAAAUGCCCCAGGAGGAAAUGAUUAGAAAUAUUAUGAAGGGAUUAAAACCAUCCAUAGCCCGAUAUAUAGGUAUAAUGGGUAACGAAACACUGGCUGAAUUAAAAAAGAAUGUUAGGAAAUAUGAAAUGGUUGAAUUUAUGAUAACGGAAGAUACUCCUAAAACCCCUUUUGAUAUUGAAACGGAGACGAUACAGUCUAAAAUACAACAAAUAAAUAAAGACAACAGUUCAAAGAAACCUGAAAUUGAUAGAUUACGUGAAGAAGUAGAGAAUUUAAAAUGA